AUGGAAAGUGUGUCGUCUCCAGUCAGCAUGGUUAAACAACAUGUUUUCAACAAAUUAAUAUUCGAUCAGUUGCUGUUAGAGACAGAGAAUGAGAAACGGAGUGAGAUGAAAACAUUUUAUGGGCUUUUGUCGUCUAAUGUUGUCGGCUAUUUAGAAAAACAGGAAGUAUUGUUGAUGAAAGCUUUGGGCAAAAAUUAUGACAAUCAAUUAAUACCUAAAUGUGUUAUUAGUCUGAAAAAUGUCUUGAAGACAAUAACAACACAGCAACCGAUUUUUAGUAUGUGGCAAGCAGCAUUUUUAUUCUUUACACUUGACAUAAGUGGAAUAAGUGGUGGAAACAUAUAUCGCAAUGGAUGGGAUCAUGUACAAGAACGAGAACCUGUCCAUUAUCAACCGGCAUAUUAUGAACAGUUUGGACCACUUUUGAAUGAAUGGAACUCUUAUCAAGAUCAAUUGCGACAAGAAGUUGUACCGAUAAAUGGAAUGAAUUGGCCACCAUUUAUUUUGACUAACAAUGCCGCUGAACAACAUCAUGUGAAUCAUCAUCCUAAUCCACCAGUUGUUUAUAAAGAAUGGACAACAGAAUCAUAUCCAGAAGGGUAUAAACAUACAACAGAAAGCCCCAUAAAGACAAAAACUACUACAGAAGCUCCAGAAACAACAUCAAAGAAAAAGCAUCACGGACAUUUCUUUUUCAAAUUCACGACAACGAAAAGCCCGAAAAUCACGCCAAUAACAAUGAAAAGCGAUCAUCAUGUUCACUCAGGUAAAGAUAAGCAUAAUCAUGAUGUAUUAGUUGAUAAGAAAAAUGAACAUGAAAAUGCCAAAAAACCUUUAAUAUUUCGUUGGCCAACUGUUAAACCGUUUAAACAUGAAAAAGACGAUAAACAUCACGAAGCAAGUCAUGUGAAUAAAGUUCACGAAAUUCCUGACAAAAUUAACGAGGAAGUAGAUGAAAAAAUGCAUGCCAUCAAAGAUCUUUUGGAUAAUACUGUCGAAACCAUCAAUAAACAAGCUGAAGCGAUUUACAAUAAUAUAGGAAAAGAGUCGUCAAAGUUGAUAGAAAAAAUUGAUGAUAAGAUUAAAAUAAUCGAGAAAAAGUUAGAAGAACUGAAAACAGUUAAAAAGGUCGAUGGAGACUAUAAAGAAUUGGUAGAUGAAGUUCGCUCAAUUUCCGACAAUCAAUCACCAAAACCGAACAUCGUUCAUAGUGAAAUGGGAGAAAAACUACGCAGUUUAGAGCUUCUCAAUGCAGAGGCGGAACUUCGUACUGAUCUGAAAACUUCUAUUUCUGAUGCUGUAAAGAACGCACAAGAAAAAUUCAACAAGUUGAUUGAUGAUAAGGUUUACAAAAUCAACAAAAAAAUUUAUGAAAUUACUCAUAAGUUUGAUGUCGCUUUUGAAAAGAUAAACGAAGCUUUAUCUAAGAUUCCAAAACCAACUUUCAAACCGAAGCCAGUAAAGCAUGAAUAUCACGAAUAUUACGAAGAGAAAUAUCCGACGCCGGUAUAUAAACCAAAACCGACAACAAAGAAACCGCAUAAAAUUCAUGCUUCGCUGAUCCAUAAGUCAACGCAUAAAACAACAGAAGCACCUCCGCCUGCAGAAGAACUGACUGAGAAAUAUACGUCACCAAUUAAAUGGAAAUCAAAGACAACCAUUUCAAAUACUGAUGAUCAGACGACACCUGAAUAUUUCAAAUAUACAAUUCCAACCCCUUUAUAUAAAGAGAAGAAUUUUGAAGAUAUUCUUAGCCGCAUGGAUAUGAACAUCGAUAACUUAAGCAUUGUUGAUAAUGCCAGAGAUGACUCAGACAAAAGUAUAGAUGAGUCAGUAAAAAUUGAGUCAUCUAAUACUGAUGGAGAGAACAAGCAACAAGAUAGGAAAUCAGAACAAGGCGUUGCGGCAAUAGAAAAGCAAGCUAAAGAAAUCAAUGACGACAGUUACACUGAUAACGAUGAAAUCCGUUCUUUGGAUGAUGAUUUCGAAGAAGCUGCGAUUGAUGAGGAUGAAGACUCCCAGCUGAAUCAGGCAAGUCAGGCGGGAAGUUUUCGUUUCGAUGAAUUGGAAGUAAUUCAACUUAUUCCUGUUAUAAUUGAACAAUUAAGAAAAGGGCAUGUGUCGGAAAGUGAGCGAGUUAUUUUAGAGGGAAUCUUUGGGGAUUUGUGGCCUUUCUUAGAAGCUGAAUCACAGCGUGAUGAAAGCGUUGAGAUAAAUCCGUUGUUGAGAACAUUAUUACAGUCAGAUGAAGUUAGACUAGCAAAGCGUGAUAUCACAAAGCAAAUUGGUAAUGAUAUCUUUAAGAAUUCGGUGCGGCGUGUUUACCGUGGCGACGGAAAGGCCCAAACAAAGCCUUACAUUUCGCUCGAUGAUGACAGGAAGUUAUUAUCCCCGUCGGAGCGAUUAAUGAACAUGGUAGCUGCUAUUGUUCACAAAGCAAAUGUGCUGGAAAAGUCACAGCGAAAAAUAAAGCAAAAGCGGAAAUAUCUUCGUAAGAAAAAUAAAAAUCCAUUGGGAAUUGUGACGGUUGAGAAGCCACGACAACGUUUCAUGGAACGUCUUUUAAGCGUUAAUCGAAUGAAACGCAGUCUCAUAAAAUUCAGCUCAGAUAUUGCUGAUAUGAAAGCGCUGCUCGACAAAGUCAAUGAAGCAGAUGACGCCGAAGAAGAUGAAUUCGAUCUUGAAAUUGAUGAAAAUGAUUCAAAUGAAUACUUGAAUGAUUACAUGAAUGAUGAUUAUUAUUAUGAUGAUGCUGAAUAUCAAAUAUCACCAAUUGCAUCAAAUAGAUUGUCAUGGGGCAAAUAUUCCAAUGACUAUGAAAAUGGAUCAAUCAAUGAAUUUAUUCGAAGGGCGAGACAACGAGAUCUUCUAGAGAAAAGUGAUGAGAACGAAAUGUUCAAUGAUAGCUAUGAAGACGAUGAUGAUGAUGAUUAUUAUUAG